UCUACUUGGCGAACUGUUCCCCCAAGAAUACGUCUUUAGUCCGACAAACAGUAGCCACACCAUAAAUAUGACACUGUCCAACAAGCAUAAAUACGACAAUUACCUAAUUAUGAACCACCAUUCACAACAAUCUUAUACCCUCAAAGAAACACCGCCUAAACUCGAGAAAAACCAAAUCAUGAAACAAUCACUAGACACCACGGUUAACAACUCAUGGCCCAGGCCCCUAGCAAAGAACCAGAAAACCAGGAAGAGUGGCGUAGCCGAGAGACACGCAAUCCGUGGUUCUGCACUCGUAAGUAACUUAGGGCCAGGAGCACCAAAAAUAGGACGAGCCUUUCCGCCAGACCCAAGGUUGAGGCGGCGUCAGCGGGUUAGGACCCUGUGGAUGGAUGGAUGGAUGAUCCGAUACUACGGUGUUGCGUUGCUUCCCUUUGAUCGCUCUAAGGAAAGAACGGCAAAAGCAUGGAGAAUUGCAUUGUUGUGGAUUGUUCUUUUCUCCGCCCACUGGGUAUGAUGGAAGGAGGGAGGGAAAUGCACGGGGUUGGGGAGGAGAGGAGAGGAGCAGUUGAUCAAUGGGGUCCGGACGUCAUGAUGCGCAAGUCACGGACGGGCAAAAGUCUGAUGAUCUGCCUUUGUCGCUUGGGGGUGGUUGAUCAGGGAUGCGGGAUGCGGUGGCAUCUUAGCAAUUUUGACUACAAUGUCCGUGUGUCUGGGAAGUGGGAAGGUCGUCCGAGACAUGUGGUAGCAGGUAUAUAUCCUGUGUAAUAAAGGAAGGAUGAGACCUGGAAAAGCAUGAUAUAUUUUGUUUCUUCCUGCAAGAAAAGAGGAUUGGUUUGUAGUUGAUUAAAU